AGCGCACUGGAUCGUUUCUCGUCAUGAAAGGCUUUCUAUGGAUAAUUCAAAAGCUGGGAGCAGCACAAAAUCCAUCUAUGAAAAAAAAGCUACUUUGGCUCUGGAGAUAGCCAAAUCCAUGGCUUCAAUUACCACCUCUUCUACCCAUUCCUGCCAUUUGAAAUCUGUCUUUUUGGGUGAGAGAAGCCGGAUCCACGUUACUAGUGCUCCAAUCACUAGGAUAGGGUUUUUGAAGAAGACUGUGGAGUGCAAGGAAUCAAGAAUCGGAAAGAAGCCAAUAGAAGUGCCGCCCAAUGUGACCAUCACGCUCGAAGGGCAAAAUUUGAAAGUGAAGGGUCCUCUGGGAGAGCUUUCAAGAACUUACCCACGUGAAGUAAAGCUUGAGAGAGAAGAAUCUGGGAUCAUAAAGGUCUCUAAGGCUAUGGAGACUAGAAGAGCCAACCAAAUGCAUGGGCUUUUCAGAACUCUUACCGACAACAUGGUUGUUGGUGUAUCGAAGGGAUUUGAGAAGCGACUCCAGCUGAUUGGGGUUGGAUAUCGUGCAAUGCUAGAGGGCAAGGACUUGGUACUCAAUCUUGGGUUUUCACACCCAAUCAGGAUGGCGAUUCCUGAUGGCAUACAAGUGAAGGUGGAGGAAAACACCCGAAUCGCCGUCAGCGGUUACGACAAGUGUUCCAUUGGAGAGUUUGCUGCUACUGUCAGGAAGUGGAGGCCACCCGAACCGUACAAAGGGAAGGGCGUCAAAUAUGCUGAUGAAAUCGUGAGACGGAAAGAGGGUAAAGCUGGGAAGAAGAAGUAAAAUGGGUAAUUCCUUUUCCUUUGUCUUGCAUUCUUUCAACUGUAUUUGGAAACAAUACAUUUCUGAAAAUUUGCAAUUUUGUUGAAAUUGAAUCUGUGGUGUGGAUAAACUAGGCUAACUUGAAAUACAUUCCAUUUGCAACUCAAA